GCGCAGUGCGAUGUGCCCGGCCGGUGUCAUGGUGCCCUGCAUGAGGCUGGGUUCGGUGGUGAGGGCCUCGGGCCGGGCUCUGAGCACGGCGACGGGGAGGCAGCAGCGGAGAGCCCUGGCGGCGGACACGGCGGGGGAGGACUCCGUUAUCUGUGACAUUGACCAAGAUCAAGUCACAAGGAAAAGCUUUGCGGAAAUCCAAAGAGAAAGAGAAGAACAGGCCAAGCACUCGGUAUUAAUAAACUGCCCUUCUAAAAUAAGGGAGAGUACGUUUCUGAAGCAUUUAUCACGACAUGGAGAAGUCGCCAAUCACUUCUUCUUCGAAAGCAUUGGCACUCAUGCAGUUGUGGAGUUUGCGAAUACAGAAAGUAUUGAUUCACUGCUUACUGCUACCAGAAUUCCAGAUGAAGACGUAUAUGUUGUGCCAUUUAAAACUAGACUGAUUAAAAUAAAGUCCAAAGAAAUGGAUUUGGCAUCCAAUAACUCCCCAAAGCCUUCUGUUUCUAUCACCGGGUUAUUAAAUAAACUGUGUGCCGCUAACAGUAUUGCAGAUCAAGCAAAUAUCCUCAUAGAAGAACAUCAGCUAACAGAGGAGAGCAUCAGACUUCGUUACCUGGUCAGCUCUUUAGUCAGUGACCUUGCCACUGCCUACUUCCCUGAAGCCACUGUUCAUCUAUAUGGCUCCAGUGUUAAUUCCUUUGGAAAAACGGGUUGCGACUUGGACCUGUUCUUAAAUUUGAAUAGUAUAAAAGAUAUGAGUGGAAGGGCUGCUGGUUCAUUUGUCACAGAGUAUUUGAUGAAACGAGCCCCCUCUAGCAGAGUAGCCCAGCAGAAGAUUCUGUCUGUCAUUGCUGAAUGUCUUGACAGUUUUGGCCCUGGGUGCACAGGGGUGCACAAAAUCCUGAAUGCGCGCUGUCCUCUGGUACGCUUUUACCACCACCCUGCGGGUCUUCACUGCGACCUCACAGCAGACAAUAGAAUUGCACUGAGGAGUUCGGAGCUUUUGUACAUAUAUGGGAACAUUGAUAGUCGAGUGCGACCUCUCAUCUUCGCUUUGCGAUGUUGGGCUAAUGUGCACGGGAUCACGAAGUCUGUGUCUGGACAUUGGAUCACCAACUUCUCCCUCACGGCCAUGGUCCUAUUCUUCUUACAGAAGAGAAAUCCACCUGUUAUCCCAACUCUAGAUGAGCUGCAGAAUCUUGCAGAUAAAAAUGACAAAUGCAUAGUUGAAGACAAUGACUGCACAUUCGUCAGUGACCUGAGCAAAAUUAAACCAUCUGCAAACACAGAACCACUAGAUGAACUCCUUGUUGGAUUUCUGGAGUUUUAUGGAAGUUUUGACUUCAGCAAGAAUUGUAUAGAUAUUCGCAAGGGUGUAGAGAGAAAUAAGCCCGACUCCUUUCCACUGUACAUCCAGAAUCCAUUUGAACAAUCACUGAACAUAAGUAAAAAUGUCAACAAGUCUCAGCUGGAACGAUUUGUCCAGUUAGUUCAGGAGAGUUGCUGGACUUUACAAGAGCAGGCCAGUCAGCCUUUGCAGAGUGGGGAGAAAGAGACCUGGGGACUUGCUUCAAUACUGCUCAGCUCUGUCUCCGAAGGAGCACCCAGCUCAAAGAAAUCACUGGCUAGUCAAAGACUCGGCAGCCUCAUAGACUCUCUGAAGGCCAAUAAUAACAGCAAGCGGACGACAGACAAGAAAAAGGCAGAAAAACGCUGA